AUGCCUUCGCGACGCCGCCUCGUGGGCUACGCGGGCAGCGACGCCACAUCUGGUUCAGACACUCUGGAGUGUUUUCCAGUCUGCGGUGGCGACAAUUCGCGUCGCAAUCUGGGAUGGUGGGUGAAGCACAGAGCCACGGACGAGUGUCCUGGGUGCGGGUCUCUUCGCAGUAACAAGCUGCAGAAGGCAGACCUCAAUCGACAGCAGGUCAACACAGCUUCCACUUGUGCAGCCUGCACGCAGAGUCGGUACGUCGUGCCGCAGGCGAGCGCCAUCCCGCUUGCACUGCAGGGGCUCCCGUCGGAGGUGAUUUUUGCUCUGCGUCCCUGUGUCUUGCACCAAGGCGACGUGCACUGGUCGUCUGCUCAGGGCUAUCGCUACACCACUGAAAUAUCUGGCAUAUCCUGGGCCGCCACGUCGGUGGAAUCGAGAGUACGAGACGUCAAGGAGGAAUACAGAGACAUGGCAGCGAGGGCAUUGACAUUUUUGGAGAACUCUUCCGAUCGGACCGUCUGGAGAAAACUGCGAGCAGAGCACCAGGGUUGGCUGAAGCGCAAGGAUGGCAAGCGCACAUGGGGCUGGAGUGCGCUAUUCCGUCCAGCUCUUGAAUGCUGCCUCUGGCCGCACCUGUACCCCGAUUCCUGGGCCGAUUGCCCCGCGGACCAG